AUGCCUUCAGAAAGUAUUCCAACUGAACAGACGAUAACGGAAGCAGUAGAAGAAUCGAAACCAUCAGAUGAGAGCACGGAAACAACAAUGGCAUCUUCCUCUCAUUUAAUGCAAAAUGAAGAAAGUAUAACAACUGCUGUGGAAACGGAAAAACCAUCUUUCAUUGAGAAAGAAGUAACAGAGCCGACAGAAAAACCUCGUAUUCCAAGCGAAGAUGAACAACAACAAGCAAUUACUCCCCAAACAAUGGUACCCGACGAAGAAAGAAAGACAACACCUCAAAUGCUUUACGAAGAACCAGCUACAACAAUAAAAACUUCAGAAGCAGAGGAAAAGCCGUCGGAAACUACCACGGUUAAAUCAAUAACCACGAAACCCGACUUCCUGCCAACUGAAGAAGUGUCGUCGCCAGAAUUCCCAUCCAGUGGUUCUAGUGGGUACGGCCAAGAACCAGAUUAUGGAGAUGAAGAUCAGGCGUUUGGCCCUGGUACAUGUCGCUAUGGUGGCAAGGUCUACGUUUCGGCUCAGCAAAUACCCAGAGAUGACCCGUGUGACUUUUGUUUCUGCUUUAGAAGCGAUAUCAUUUGCUUGCAACAAAGUUGCCCUCCACCUAUUCAUGGAUGCCAUGAAGAACCAAUCCAAGGUUUCUGCUGCCCCCGCUACGAAUGUCCAGUUUCCAUGGCAACUACUCUCAACGUUACGACAACAACCACAACCACGACGACAACUCUACCCCCACAUUUCCUACCCCACGCGUAUAAAGGCGCCGCACAAAGAAGAGGAUGUCAUAUUAAGGGACAUACGUAUAAGGUCGGAGAAGUGGUGCGAGCAUCAUCAGGGCCCUGCUUACACUGCACAUGCGGUGGUGAUGGCCAAAUGAAAUGUGAUCCAAAAGCAUGCACUCCGGAACCAAUGCUGAGACAAAUGAUAGCCGCUGCAGUAUCCGCUCGACGAAGGAGGUGA